CAGGUCUGCAACACAAAGCAGGCUCUGUUCUCUGAGAGGGUUAAUCAAAAAUGCACUUACUUCCUCUCAUUGGUAGAGUAAUCUUUAAUGAAUAAUCAAAUUGCCAAUUUUGAAAGGCUUCAUAUAUAUAUGACAAUACUGAGAAUUAAAAAAGAAUGAAUUCUGCUCAUAUGAUUAGUAAAUGAUUUCAAAUCUAAGAUUCUGUUUCUGCAAGCCUGAAAAGAAGAAUUUUUAUCAAUGGUCAAAGCUUGAACUGAGGGUACCUUGGUGUAUCAAAUUAAUUUUUCUUUUAGAUAAAAAUUCCAAAAGAAAUGCUCAGGUCAAAUCAAUUGCCAUAAUCUCAUCUAUAAUAAUUAAGAAUUGUAUUGAGUGCUAUUUCUGACCAAAAGGGAACCACAAGUUUUCAAUUCUGCUACACAAAAUGAGGAUCAUAAUACUCUCUGAAAAUUCAAGAGAGGAAUACCAUUUUCAAGAAUACUGGUAUAUGGCUAUAAAAAACUUUCUUCUAAUGGAUUUUAGAUUAAAUUUUGAAGCUGCUCAUCAGCAUCAAUGGAUACAUGUUGAUGCUCUAAACCUACCUUAUAAUAACCCCCUGCCACCAACAAAGAGAUGUUUAACAGAGACCCAGCACAGGUAAAACAUUAUCUACACACAGAAUGCUCUAACAAUGAAUUAAACUGGAAACACCUUAACCAGCUCAGCCACCAUCCUGUGGCUGGCAAGUACAAAGAAGAUUGCCUAAAAAAUCACAGAAUAUUUUGUGCUGAUUAAUUGUUUUCCAUUUGGUGGAAUCCAAAACCCACUGGUUAUGUAAACUCUUGACUCCCCAUCACUCGAUAAGAGCUUGAACUGACAAUACUGCAACACAAUUUCUCCAAUGCAAACAUGCAGUUUACAUACUUGAGGUUAAAGAGCGGAAGACAUCAGGAGUCAGCUUGAUUUUAGUGAGUUACAGCUGUUUCUUUGGCUCUGUUGGUGUCUGUACCUACAAGCUAAUUUACUUCAAAGUCAUUUGUCGAGUAUAGUUAUUGUCAGCUGGUGUAGUGUACCUAAUAGUAGUGUUUCUCUGACACAUAUAUAUAUAUAGAAUUGUGUGCGAGACAUUUCUCAGCUCUGGGAAUUUUACUGCCAAAUCUUUCUAUCAUAGGAUCAAACAUUAGUAUGUGACAUUGACCAGGCAGCAUGGAGGUUACUCAGACACUGACACUUCCCAGGAAGAAACAAUGAGAAUUAUAAUUCUCCCAGUGGUAAUACACACGAGGGGCCACACAUCUACUCCAAACCUCAGCCAGGCGGUGGCAUCACCAUCAGAACAGAUUCAAAUCACAGCAAACCACUUAGUUCAGCGUGGACCACUGCACUGGGGGCUGCCACUGCCAACGUUGGAAACACCAACACAAUGACUCGAAAACGAGCACCACCACGAAAACAACAAAACCAGAAUGUGAGGCCACCAAGGGCCUUGUUUUGUUUAACGUUAGAAAACCCUAUACGUAAAUUGUGCAUCAGGAUUGUGGAAUGGAAAGCAUUCGAGUACCUGAUUCUCUUGACUAUUUUUGCCAAUUGUGUGGCUCUAGCAGUGUUCCAGCCUUUCCCAAAUUUAGAUUCCAAUGAAGUCAAUCUAGCACUGGAAAGAGUGGAAUAUGUUUUCUUAGUCAUAUUCACCUUAGAAGCAAUUAUGAAAAUCAUAGCCUAUGGAUUUAUGCUACAUUCAGGGGCCUACCUCCGUAAUGGCUGGAACAUCCUAGAUUUUAUUAUUGUAGUUAUUGGUCUUUUCACAAUCUUUAUAAUUAUUAUAAGCACUGUCUUGUCAACAAUGAACGUCAGUAAUUUUGAUGUGAAAGCCCUGCGAGCAUUUAGGGUUCUGCGCCCCCUACGUCUGGUUUCAGGCGUGCCCAGCCUACAAGUGGUGCUUAACGCUAUCGUGCGUGCUAUGGUGCCUUUACUCCAUAUAGCUUUGCUUGUGAUCUUUGUCAUAUUUAUAUAUGCCAUCAUUGGAUUAGAACUCUUCUCAGGAUCCAUGCAUGAAACCUGUUUUGAUAAACAAACAAAUUCCGUCAUGACUCUCUCAGAUGUUCAUCCUUGUGGGAAGGGAUUCUCUUGUCCAGAAAACUCCACAUGUCGAAGAUAUUGGGCUGGUCCUAAUGAUGGCAUCACUAACUUUGACAACUUUGGUUUAGCAAUGUUAACAGUAUUCCAAUGCAUCACCUUAGAAGGAUGGACAGAUGUAUUAUAUAAUAUUAAUGACUCACUAGGAAACAGUUGGCCAUGGACAUACUUCAUUAGUUUAAUCAUUAUUGGAUCAUUUUUUGUACUCAACUUAGUUUUAGGUGUACUUAGUGGAGAGUUUUCUAAAGAAAGAGAAAAGGCCAAAGCACGGGGAGAUUUUCAAAAGCUUCGAGAGAAGAAGCAGCUUGAAGAGGACCUUCGUGGAUAUUUAGACUGGAUUACACAGGCAGAAGACAUAGACCCUGAAAAUGAGGAAGAAAAUGAAGAAGGUGCUACACCUCGCCACAAAAACCAAGAAACACCAUCAGUGAAAACAGAAGAUGUGGAAAGUGGAGAGAUACAACAAACAUGGUGGCAUAGAAAAAGUCGAAGAUUACGGAAAUGGAACAGGAGAUGUAGAAGGAUGUGUAGAAAACUUGUGAAGUCUCAAGCCUUUUAUUGGACUGUCAUUGUGAUGGUGUUCCUGAAUACUUUAGUUUUAACUUCAGAGCAUCAUAAACAGCCCCAGUGGCUGGAUAGCUUCCAAGCAAUUGCCAAUUUAUUUUUUGUCAUCCUUUUCACUCUGGAGAUGUUGCUGAAGAUGUACAGUUUAGGACUACAGGGAUACUUUGUAUCAUUGUUUAACCGUUUUGACAGUCUUGUGGUCCUCUUCAGUAUCAUUGAAGUCAUCCUCAUAUAUGCCAAAGUCCUUCCACCCUUGGGAGUUAGUGUUUUGAGAUGUGCUCGAUUGCUUCGAGUUUUUAAAGCUACACGAUACUGGUCAUCUCUGCGUAAUCUGGUGGCCUCUUUGUUGAACAGUAUGCGCUCUAUUGCCAGUUUGUUGCUUCUCCUGUUUCUCUUCAUUGUUAUCUGUGCCUUACUUGGGAUGCAGUUGUUUGGAGGCAAAUUCAAUGUCAUCAGUAACACUGAAGAUAAGCCUCGCAGCAACUUUGACACAUUCUGGCAGUCUCUUCUCACUGUGUUCCAGAUUUUGACUGGUGAGGAUUGGAAUAUGGUGAUGUACGAUGGUAUCAAUUCAUAUGGAGGUGUUAAUUCUAUAGGUCUGAUCACCUGUCUCUACUUUGUGAUUCUUUUCAUCUGCGGUAAUUAUAUCUUGCUGAAUGUUUUCUUGGCUAUUGCUGUUGACAACUUGGCUGAUGCCCAGAGUCUCACUGAGGAUGAGGCUGAAAAAGAAGAUGAGAAAGAAAGAAUUCGAUCAUUACGCCGAUCCAAAACACCAGAGGGGGAUGAAAAAUCUAAUGAAGCAGAAUUGGAACCAGAUGAAGGGGUUGGAAUGGUUGAGAAUGGUGGAGAAGAAGAGAAUGUUUACCAUUCUAGACAGCCAAGUCAGAGGUCCCAUAGGUCGAGGCAAGAUGUUGGAAUUGAAUCAGAAGAACACAGAGUCAGAAUAAACUUGGGACAUACAGAGGAUGACUACAAGGAGUCAAACCAUAUACCAAUAGAGGAAGAAGACGACACUUGUGCCAGUGAUACCAGUUCAUAUGAUCUCUUAGAAGGAGAGACAGCUGUUGAGGAUGAGGUUGAUGAGGAGGACAUGGAGGAUGAGGAGGAUGAGGAGGAAUCUCAGACUCCAUCUACAGCUCGACCAAGAAGAAUGUCAGAACUCCACAUUCCUGAGAAAAUCAAACCAAUUCCUAAAGCCAGCUCUCUUUUCAUUCUUCAACCCAGCAAUAAGUUCCGAAUCAUCUGCCACAAAAUCUGUAACCACCCAUAUUUUGGCAACAUAGUCCUGGCAUGUAUUUUGAUAAGUAGUGGUAUGUUAGCUGCUGAAGACCCUCUACAAUCACAAUCAAAGAGAAAUGAAAUCUUGAACUACUUCGACAUAUUUUUUACAUCUGUUUUCACAGUGGAAAUUAUUAUCAAGGUUAUUACAUAUGGGCUUAUUGUGCACAAAGGUUCAUUUUGUCGAAGCUUCUUCAACAUCUUAGACUUUACUGUGGUUGGUGUAUCCAUCAUAUCCUUUGUUCUGGACAAUCAGGCCAUAUCUGUGGUGAAGAUUCUCAGGGUUCUGAGAGUGUUGCGUCCACUCCGAGCUAUCAACAGAGCAAAGGGACUGAAGCAUGUGGUUCAGUGUGUGAUUGUGGCUAUACGCACAAUCUACAACAUCAUGCUGGUCACCUUCCUAUUACAGUUCAUGUUUGCUGUAAUUGGAGUACAACUGUUUAAGGGGAGGUUUUUUAGUUGUUCAGACAAGUCCAAGUUAACAGAGAGUGAAUGCAGAGGUCAGUACAUUGAUUAUCCAACUGGAGAUAUUGACGAAGCUGAAAUCAAGGUCAGAGAAUGGACAAACAACCCCCUGAAUUAUGACAAUGUUCCAGAGGCGAUGUUGACACUCUUUACUGUCUCCACAUUUGAGGGAUGGCCAACGUUGUUGUAUAAAUCCAUUGAUGCCAAUGAGGAGAAUAAUGGGCCUAUUCAUAACAACCAACCAAUUGUGGCUGUUUUCUACUUUAUCUUUAUCAUCGUCAUAGCUUUCUUCAUGAUGAACAUCUUUGUGGGUUUUGUCAUCGUCACAUUUCAGAAUGAAGGAGAACAAGAGUAUAAGAAUUGUGAACUGGACAAAAAUCAAAGAAAGUGUAUUGAGUUUGCCUUGAAAACUCGUCCAACUCGGCGCUACAUUCCUAAAGCUCGUUGGCAGUACAAAAUUUGGUGGUUUGUGACAUCCCGAGCUUUUGAGUAUGGCAUCUUUACCCUGAUUAUAUUGAACACUGUCAUUUUGGCUAUGAAGUAUGAUGGACAAUCUGCUGCAUACUCGGAUGCUCUGGACUACUUAAACAUGAUCUUCACUGGGGUCUUCACCAUUGAAUUCAUUCUCAAACUGAUGGCAUUCAGAUUUAGGAACUACUUUGGAGAUCCUUGGAAUGUGUUUGAUUUCAUCAUUGUCCUGGGUAGUUUUAUUGACAUAAUCUACACAGAAGUCAAUCGAGAAAAGGGCGAUUUAAAGCCUGGACAAGGAAUUAUCAGCAUUAAUUUUUUCCGCCUGUUCCGAGUAAUGAGACUGGUAAAGCUCUUGAGUCGGGGAGAGGGAAUAAGAACACUUCUGUGGACAUUUAUCAAAUCUUUUCAGGCUCUGCCAUAUGUAGCCCUGCUUAUAGUCAUGUUGUUCUUCAUCUAUGCAGUCAUUGGAAUGCAGCUGUUUGGGAAAAUCUCAACACAACAAGAUGAUUCGCAAAUUCAUCGCAACAACAAUUUCCAGACAUUUCCUCAAGCAGUACUGGUGUUGUUCAGGUCUGCCACAGGAGAGGCAUGGCAAGACAUCAUGUUAUCCUGUGUUGGAAAUGAGAUACCAUGUGACGAAAUGUCAGAUGCUGAUCCCAGUCAGACUUGUGGAAAUGAUGUGGCCUACUUCUACUUUAUCUCCUUCUAUAUGUUGUGUUCAUUUCUGAUCAUCAAUUUGUUUGUGGCUGUUAUCAUGGACAAUUUUGACUAUUUGACUCGAGACUGGUCAAUUCUGGGCCCACACCAUCUGGAUGAGUUUGUGAGGCUGUGGUCAGAAUAUGAUCCAGAGGCAAAAGGCAGAAUUAAACACUUGGAUGUAGUACAGCUGCUUAGAAAAAUUUCCCCUCCUUUAGGAUUUGGAAAACUUUGUCCACACAGAGUAGCAUGUAAACGCCUGGUCAGUAUGAAUAUGCCUCUGAACAGUGAUGGAACAGUAAUGUUUAAUGCAACAUUAUUUGCCUUGGUACGGACAUCUUUGAAGAUCAAGACAGAGGGAAACAUUGAUGAAGCCAAUGAGGAUCUUCGCAGAGUUAUUAAAACAAUCUGGAAAAGAACCAGUCCUAAGCUCCUGGACCAAGUAGUCCCCCCUGCUGGUAGGGAAGAUGAUGUGACAGUGGGAAAAUUCUAUGCAACCUUUUUGAUACAAGACUAUUUUAGAAGAUUCAAAAAGCGAAAAGAACAAAUGAAAAAGAUUGAAAAGGGACAAGAGCAUACAAAUGCUUUACAGGCAGGGUUAAGAGCAGUUCAUGACCUGGGACCAGAAAUUCGUCGCGCAAUAUCAGGCAACCUGGAUGAAGAAGACUUUGCAGAUAAAGAUGUAGAGGAGCCAAUGCACAGGCGGAACCACAAAUUAUUUGGAUUUGGCAGUGUGAUGACAGCUCUGGCAGGAGUCCAUAAAACUGCCAUUCCCUUUGCCAGUCGGACACAGUCUCUCUUGAUCAAUCAAACACCUAAAAUCUCUUCCCAUGCCAACCUCUCACCACAAAACUCGCUGAAUGGAAAAGUAACACCUGCUGAGAGUUGUAACCACUUGAGUGUGGAACAGCGCAAUGCCAUCAACCGAUCUCCCUCCCCGCUGGCUCCCGUUCGUGUCUCACCAAUGAUGGGCAAUGAUUCCCGCCGUCAUAGUCAUACCAGUGGAAUUUCUUCAUCUGAAUCCCACCGAGACAUGCUUCCUCCCAGGAGUCCUACUAGUCAACAAGAUUCAGAGCCAGAAGCUCCUCAUUGGGACAAGUACAAACCACAGGACAUCACCAAGAAACAGGGCCUCUAUGUGUAUAGAGACCUUCCACAAGAGGACAGUGAUUAUGAAAGAGAUCAUGAUCAUGCUCCUCCCACCCCUCCACCCAGGAAAUUAAGUCGCCGUGGAGCAUCACUACGUUUGGCCUGCAUAGGGAAACAGCAGAGUGAUGAAAAUCCUUUGAUGAAAAAGAUUGCAGAACCACUUAAGCUUGCUCAAACUCAGGCCAUGGCAGUAGCAGGAUUGACUAGCGAUGGUCGACAACGACCCAACGAAUAUCCUAGAACAGGGCUUCCACUCAGCAGAGCUUCCUAUCAAAACACAGCACAUCUCACAUUCUCACGAUCAAACUCCGUUAUUGAAGGCCACAGCAUGUCACCAAGACAGAACAUUCAUAGAGGGUCAGACACCAUGGCUUUUGAUGACCAGACAGGCAUGUACUCCCGAACAAAGGAAGCAGGACCUCUCAUCAUACCCAACUAUGUACUGGCCAAUCAGAGGUAUCGACAGGGCAGUCACACCAAGUCAAGUGCUGAGAGCCUCGUAGAAAAGGUGUUGACGGAGGAGGGUUUGGACCGCUAUGUGGAUGCUCACACGUUACAGCAAGAAAUUGCAGAGGCCAAUGACAUGACAGCUGAUGACCUGGACAAAGCAGCUAGAAUGUUAUUACACCCACCCGAUGAAAACCACACCAGCACCACCCACCCAGGACAGAGAAGCCCUUACUAUGAACACCUGGGUGGUUUUCUGGUGCAGGAGAUGAAAGACUACAAUUGUUACUCCACGAAGGAUGACCUCAAUCAUAAAGGCUACAGCCAGAGCUCUUCUGAGCCAAGUGAUGAUGAAAUGAAGUUCCGUUUGACUAGACAUGCUCACAGUUUUAGAUAUUGACCUUUGGCCAAUACAAGAAAAAACCAAUCCUUCAACCCCAGCUGUGAUAUUCCUAUGUUUGUGGAGAGACUGUGAUGUUACCAUAGAAACAAAAACCAAGCUCCAGACCAAACAUUGUGAUUUUCUGAAUGUGAGAAAUUGUUCCUUGCUAAAUGACAUCAUAAUUCAUUCCGUAGUGCUUCAGGAUUCAUGUUUGUUUCAAUUUUCAUUGAAUUUAUAUGGGUGCAAGACUCCACUGUUGGAGAGCAUUAUAUACCCUUGGUUUUAAAUACCAGAUCUGCAUUAUUGUUUUAUCAUUUAUAACACUCUGCAUCAGAGAAUGUGCAGCAAAUGGUUGUCAUCUGUUCAUGAGUCAUAAACUGGUCAUUCUAGAGUAAAUCUGAGAUACUUGUGCAUUGUCACAUGAAACUUGAGAGAAAUGGACUGUAGAAAUGCUAAAUUAAGCAUUUUCAGUAUCAAAAUUUGUGUUUUAUUAUGGUACUAUUGCAUAUUCCUAAGAUAGUUUUAAAAAAUGUUGUGUAUGUGUCUUGUAUAAUUAUAUAAGGAAUGCAAAUACUUGUUUCAUUUUAACCAGAAAAGACAUGCAUAUACAUGUGGAUACAUGUAGCAAGUGACAUAUUAAUAUUUUAUAUUCUUAAGAGAAUCUGUUAUUUUCGGUUGAAUUUCAAGCCUUUAAAAAAUUCUCAUUGAUAUAUCUAGAUAUCAUCUUAAUUAUAUGUAUAUUUGAUAUCUGGGUUUUUUAUGCUUCUUGUUCAUUGUCUUGAAUAAAGCACUAUUAGAUCCCAAUGUUCCAACAUGAUCAAUACAAUUCUGAUUACUAAGUUACAUCUCCCGAAAGGAGAUUUACCAAUAACUGACUUUGUAUAUAUAAAGUAAUACAUUGUACAUUGUAUAUGCACUUGUUCUUUCAUUUGAAACAUUAUUUUCUAUGAUAGUGUGAUGUUAUUGGAUUUGAUUCAUAUAUCUUAAAAACCUCCAUUUUACAGCAGUGAACUCCACAGGACUAACAAUAAUUUUAUUGCGAUGUUCUUUAUUUCAUUACCUUCCCUUCCCCAUACUUUAUUUACAUUUAUGUGUGUUAAGUAUAAUCAUGAUAGAAAUUGAUUUGAAUGGUGCGUGAAUGUGAAAAUGCAGUACACAUGUACUGUUGUGAGAUUAUCACUUGAACAGCUAUGAAACUGAUCGUGAUGUAUAUACAGAAAAUUAUUUAUUACAGAAGAUAUCUUAUUCAUUGUUUGUUGAUGUCGGUGGGCUUUAUCGUAGACUCGUCACAAACGUCUUGAAGUCCAGAGGAGUCUGACACUUGAUAUUAAGCAAUGCUUUGAUGUUGUCAGCCAGUCUGUCUGUGAUCAUGCAUGAUGACUACAACCAUUGGCCAGAAGUCUGUAUCUGUCACCACAGUCCCAAUAUAUGUCAUGUUUUUUCUCAUUGUUUUCUUUUUUAAGAUGACUGGAACCAUGCGACGCUUCUUUGCCGACAGCUCUUAAUUCCAUAUUUUUAUCUUUAUGAGGCAUCCAUGGCUACAACCAUGAUGCUAUCAGUUCUUGGUUUUCUUUUCAUUGUGAUAGAUUUUAUAAUGACUAAUGCCAAAACCUUAAGGAUUGAAAAUUUGUAUCAAAAGUUUUUUUUAAAGUAAAGUAUCUUAACAAAC